CAUACAACUAUUCAAGACUACAAGAAAUUCAUGCAAGUUAACCCAGCUCAAAUUGUCCACCGCAAAAUUGAAAUCUAAAAGUCUCUCUCUCUCUCGUUCUGUGAUGGAGAAUGCUAAGCAGCCACUUCUCUCCCAAGGAGACGAUGAAGACCAAUUACAGCCUCUUCCAAAACAAACCAGCAACUCCCUUUCCUCCGCCACCUUCGCCACUGGAACUGAUGACAUCCCUCCGAUCACUGGCCUCCGUGACUUUUCCAGAGAGUUUUACCGAGAAUCUAAGAAGCUCUGGUACCUAGCCGGGCCCGCCAUCUUCACCUCAGUCUGCCAAUACUCCCUUGGUGCAAUCACUCAAGUCUUCUCCGGCCACGUCAGCACCAUCGCCCUCGCUGCCGUCUCCAUCGAGAACUCUGUUAUCGCCGGCUUCUCAUUCGGUCUCAUGCUUGGAAUGGGAAGCGCCCUGGAGACACUAUGCGGGCAAGCUUUUGGAGCUGGACAACUUGACAUGCUAGGAAUCUAUAUGCAAAGAUCUUGGGUUAUUCUCAAUGCUACAGCUUUAGUUCUUAUGUUUGUUUACAUAUUUGCUCAACAAAUUCUGAGUCUAAUAGGGCAGACGGCAGCGAUAUCCAAGGCGGCUGGGACAUUCGCCGUCUGGAUGAUUCCACAACUAUUCGCAUACGCUGUGAAUUUCCCUAUAGCGAAGUUUUUACAGUCCCAGAGCAAGAUCAUGGCCAUGGCUGUGAUUGCAGCCGCAGCCUUGAUAUUGCAUACUUUUUUUAGUUGGUUUUUAAUGUUUAAACUGGAUUGGGGCCUUGUGGGUGCCGCUGUGGUAUUAAACGCAUCAUGGUGGUUCAUUGAUGCUGCUCAACUUAUUUAUAUUAUCGGCGGGACUUGCGGCCAAGCGUGGACCGGAUUUUCAUGGAAGGCCUUUCAGAAUUUAUGGGGUUUUGUUCGGCUGUCUUUGGCAUCAGCUGUCAUGCUUUGCUUGGAGGUGUGGUACUUUAUGGCAUUAAUAUUGUUUGCUGGAUAUUUAAAAAACGCUGAAGUUUCAGUAGAUGCCUUGUCCAUUUGCAUGAACAUAUUGGGGUGGACUGUAAUGGUGGCUCUGGGAAUGAAUGCAGCAAUAAGUGUGAGGGUGUCAAAUGAACUAGGGGCAGGUCACCCAAGAACUGCAAAGUUUUCACUAGUGGUGGCUGUAAUAUCUGCAUUUUUAAUCAGCCUUGUCCUCUCACUUAUCUUGAUCGCCACACGGAACGAGUACCCAGCAUUGUUUUCAAGUGAUUCAGAAGUUAUAGCUGUUGUUAAUAAUCUCACCCCGAUGCUGGCUCUUUGUAUCGUCAUUAACAAUAUUCAACCAGUUCUCUCUGGGGUGGCCAUUGGAGCUGGAUGGCAGGCUGUUGUUGCCUAUGUAAACAUUGGUUGUUAUUAUGUAUUUGGCAUUCCUUUGGGACUCAUAUUGGGCUACAAGGUUGGGUGGGGCGUUCUGGGAAUCUGGUGUGGAAUGCUAUCGGGGACAAUCGUACAAACCUGUGUCCUUUUCGGGAUGAUUUAUAAAACAAACUGGAACAAAGAGGCUUCUAUUGCCGAAGACAGAAUAAGGAAAUGGGGAGGGGAUACAAAUUCCAAAGAAGAUGCAGAAAAAUAAACCGCGAUUUCGAAGAACAAAGGGGCACGGCUUCAUUUUUGACAAAAAUAAAUGAGAAAUCUGAUAGAUGUUUUAGAUUGAUUGUUAAAAAACAAUCCCAUUGGAAAAAUGGGAUUCUGAUUGUGAUGAUUCAUCUUUGAAUUUCAGGGGCAACAACAGUCCAAAGUAGGCAGCUCUUCCGUUCCUUUUAGGGGACGUUUGAUUUAAGUAAUGUUUUAUUAUCAAAAUAAAAAGAUUACCUUGAAGAUA